GCCAGCGCCAGCCGCAGCAGCUCCGGCUCCUCCUGCGCCCGCCCGCCCGCCCGCCCUCCAUCCCUCCCUCCCUCCCUCCCGCACGGCAGCCGCGCUCGCCCAGCGGACGGGGUGUAAGGCAGCGACGUCGGCAGGAGCAUGGCCCGUACCAAGCAGACCGCCCGCAAGUCCACCGGCGGCAAGGCGCCCCGCAAGCAGCUCGCCACCAAAGCCGCCCGCAAGAGCGCGCCCUCCACUGGCGGGGUGAAGAAGCCGCACCGCUACAGGCCGGGUACUGUGGCUCUGCGUGAAAUCAGGCGCUAUCAAAAGUCCACCGAACUUUUGAUCCGCAAGCUCCCCUUCCAGCGUCUGGUGCGUGAAAUUGCUCAGGACUUCAAGACAGAUCUGCGCUUCCAGAGCGCUGCCAUCGGUGCUUUGCAGGAGGCAAGUGAAGCCUACUUGGUUGGCCUGUUUGAAGACACCAACCUGUGUGCUAUCCAUGCCAAACGUGUCACAAUCAUGCCAAAAGAUAUCCAGCUAGCACGCCGCAUACGUGGGGAGCGUGCCUAAAACCUCACCACGAUGGGUUUGUCAUUCUCGAAGCAAAAUCUUCUUCCUGUUAUUGGUAGUAAUGAACGUUAGAUAUUUUUUCCAUGGGGUUAAAAGGUACCUUAAGUAUAUGGUUGCAAGUGGAAAAAUAGGGGACAGAAUUGGGUAUUGGCAAGUUUUCUUUCCAUUUUCAUUUGUGUGUGGAUUUUUAAUAUAAACAAGGGGACAUAAAAACAAUCAAUGUGGUCAAAAAAAAUAAAAAUAUGAAUCGCUAAAACUUGUUCACCAAAACAACUUUAUAAAAAAAAUAUAAAUAAACCUGUCAAAUUUUUCUGGACAAUGCCAGCAUUUGGAUUUUUUUAAACAAGUAAAUUUCUUAUCAAUGGCAACUGAAUGGUGUUUGUAGCAUUUUUAUCAUACAGUAGAUUCCAUCCAUUCACUAUACUUUUCUAACUGAGUUGUCCUACAUGCAAGUACAUGUUUUUAAUGUUGUCUGUCUUCUGUGCUGUUCCUGUAAGUUUGCUAUUAAAAUACAUUAAAUGAU